AUUGUUUUUUGUUGACAACAUCUUGCUUAUGUUUACAUCUAAUUAAUUUUUAAAAAUAUACUUUAUUUAAUAUAAAAAAUUACAUAAAUAAAGAAGUGAAAAUAUUUAUCACAAUGCCACCAAAAUAUAAGCCAGGUGGAAGAAGAUUUCCUCCAAAAAUAAUAUCAAAACCACUGCCUCAACAAGUAUCAAAUACCAUAUCAACAAGUGAACCUACAACAAGUGGACUUGAUGAAGAAUCAGAAAAUAAAUUUGAGCUUGAGCUUUGUUGGUGUAUUCAACAAUUAGAAUUAACAUUACAAACUACUCAAUUACCUGAUAAACAAUCUAGAGAUGCUAAUAAAAAUUUAAAUUCAUUACGUAGUAGUAAUGUACCUUUGAUUAAAAAACGUCAAAUAAUGAGAACAACAUUUGGUGAUUAUCGUGCUAAAAUGCAAAAAGAUGAAAUUAAAUAUGGCAAAAAUUCAUCAAAUGUUAAAUUUUUAAACAGUAAAAAUAAAGAUAAUAAAUCACUUUUUGUAAGAAAAGCUAACACAGAUGAUGAUGACAAAAAUCAUCAAUCAAAUAAGCCUAAAUUGUCAAGCUUAUUUUCAAAAAAUCAAUUACAAUCUGAGCCAUUUAAAUUCAAUUUUUCUCUUUAAUUUAUAACUGUCGAAAUAAAUUUUUUUUAUAA